GUCGAAUAACACGACGAAUAAAAACAAAAGCAGCAUGUCCAGUCCGGCCGUAAUGAACUCGGAUCUUGUAGCUGCUCGGGGCGACGGGCGUGCGGACGAGGCCGCCUUCGCCGCAGGUCGUCAUGGUGGAGAAACGGAAGCAGGUGGUGCGGAGAAACACAACAGUUAUGCCUCAAUGAAAUCCGCGUCCACGGAGAGUAUGGCAACCACGGUAGAGGAGGAAAACAAUGGCACAAACAGCCACAACUUUGCGGGGUCGCCGCUGUCCUGUAUCGAAAAGCGGGAGGAGCUCCUCGAGGCGAUUGCGAAGGAGCGGCGCAGGAGCCGGGGCAUGGACAGAUUGAAACCCGCCAGCUGGGCGAAAUUUGUCUUGGCGCAGUUGCUGUGGCUUUUCUCGAAGAUUAAGAAGCCAAAACUGUCUACUGCUUCUUUACUAUCAAAACUUCGGAAAAGUAAAAAGACUGGCGACCAGAACUUCUACAGAAAUCAUGACAAGCAACUAAAGCCCUCAACAACAUCUACCUCCCCAGGAGCGCUGACCAAUUUGUACUACUACUGGCUGAUGCCGCCCAUUUUCCUCCCAGGGGAUAGCAGUCGCAUCCCGCCCCAGCCCGACGCCAUCACCUACACGCUACGCGGGCUCUGCCGCCGGUCGUUGUGCAUCUUCGCCGAGCACAGCACGACGAGGAGAUUAUGUGUGUCGAUUAUCAAAAACGUCUGGUUUGAACGGUUUAUCCUCACGUUGAUCCUCGUCAACGCCAUCAUGCAGGCGUUCAUUGACUACAGGAAUCCCAAUGGCUUCGCGACGACGUUCGUGGAAAACACAGAGCACAUUUUCACGCUCUGCUUCUUCCUGGAAAUGGUGGUCAAAGUGAUCGCGCUUGGGUUCAUUCUGGACAAAACCAGCUAUCUGCGGGAUGCCUGGUCGUGGCUGGACUUUUUGGUCGUCGUUUCCGGGUUGGUUUCCUUCUUCG